GAAGAGUUUAGAGUCAACUGUCAUCUCUACAAGUGAAGUCUGAAAGACCAAUAAACCAAUACCGACUGCAUACAUGAUUAACGGUAAUAAUAAAGGGCGUCGUAACAUUUGUUUGUUUUCUGUACUAUGUUAAAUGUAGUAAGCAUGGAUCUUUUUGAGGGCCAUCAUCCCUGUUUUGGUUUGGACUUGGAUUCUUGGAACAACGUGUUUACAAGUAUAAUAUAAGCACCUUGCAGAGAUCACAGCUCUUACAGCGCAGCAAUCGCAGGCAGAGGAUAACUCUGUCCCUGUCGCAGGCUGUCGCAGGUUGCUUGAUGCAUGUUACGACUGGUUACGAGUUACGAUUUACGAUGUUACUAUAGGUUACUUCUCUUCAACCAGCCGGCCGUGCCGGAUCGUGCGUGAGCGGCAGUUGCUCGUAAAAGUUAAGAAUAAGUACAGUAACAAUUUAUUAACGAAAAAUUAGGAGUCAGAAUAGAGCGACAAUUUUGCACAAUCGCGAGAAGGACAAACAAUUGAAAAGAUGUCUCAGACCGAAGCAGAGUGCAAGGCAAAGUGUUAUGGUAAAAAGUUCCAGUAUGAUCCAAAAUGGAAGGGACCAAGUUUCAAUGAGGAGCGCAGCCCAACCGAUGUUGGGUUCCUAAAAAAAUUUGCUGUUUUCUCUAUUAUAUGGCUGGGCAUAGCUGUUUAUGCUUAUGUAAGAGGAAAUUUACUUGAAAAGUUUUCCUUUUUUCAUCAUACUUAUUUUGAAGAGACACAUUAUGUACAACAAAAUAAUUCAUAUACAAGUUCAUAUAAUGAUAAAACUCAGUCUUAUAUUGCUUCUCGUAUGACUGCAGUAAACGAUUUUACACCUAGUUAUUUUGGUUUUCUCUACUCUUUGGCAUCUGCAACUUUGUGUAUUGUAUACAUGGCACUGCUGAGAUUGUUUACAAAGCAGACUGUCUAUGCAACUAUUACCAUUUAUUUAACAAUAAUAUUUUGUCUGACAUGUAUUGCAGCAGUUUCUUGUACUAUGGGAAGUUUCGUAGUACUUUUUUUGGUUUUUUUACUAUUUGCUUUUCUAUCUGUCAUAUCGUCAAUUCUAUUUGUGCUUCAUCAUAAAAAAAUAGACAUAGCAUUUAAAGUUAUCCAAGAAGCAAGCAGAUAUGUGACGUUCUUCUCUAAAAUCACAUUAUUUCAACUGUUCUCCUGCUUUUUAUUUACAGCUGUUAUAUUGUUUGCCGGAACUGUAUUUAUUACUCUGCUUAGUAUUGAAAACGAGUUUCACGAAAUGCCUUACCAUGUCAAGAUCUUUCUUCUUUAUAAUUUAUUUGGAUACCUAUGGGCAACAGGUAUUGUUCUAGGUUUUUCUCGGACGGUGCUAGCAGGAGCAUUUGCAACAUUGUAUUGGACGCGGGAAGAGAUUAAUGUCUCAAAAAAUAGUAUUGUGUUCUGCAGUAAAAAAAUUUUAAAAAACCAUCUUGGUACAUUAGUAUUUGGAUCAUUGAUUUUGACUCCAUGUCAGUUUAUUAAAUCUUUAUUAAACAUUAUAAAGAUACUAUUGAAAAUAUUAUCUUGUAAAUUUGAUUGUAAAGAGCGGUAUGAACAUGUAUUUGGAAAUUUGGAGAAAGAAGUAAAGUGCAUUCAUCAUAAUGCAUACAUCAUGUGUGCACUUCACGGUACCAGUUUUUGCAAAUCAGCCGAAGAUGCUUUUAAUCUUCUGAAAAGAAGAUCAAUCAAAGUCCUCCCUAUGAAAACAAUAAAUAUUACUUUGUUACUUGGCCAGGUGCUUAUAGUUGGAAUUUCGGUGUCACUUUCCACUACUUAUUUUGCGUUUUUUCUUAUUAAUCUUGAAAAAGCACUAGCUGUGAUAUUGUCAGUUUUGAUUGCUUCCUUACUGCUAUCUUCUUUUAUGUUCAUGGUACUUAGAAUUGCUAUUAAUACAAUUAUUUUGAAUGUUUUGGAAGAUUAUGAGCGAAAUGAUGGCUCUGAAGAACAACCUUACUUCAUGAAUUUGCAAAUGAAAAAUUUAUUUAUAGAGUAAUUUGUAAUAUUUUAUUUAAUAUCUUUAUUUAACAAAUGUAGACCUUUUUUGAUUUGAUUUGAUGUACCUUUCAAGAAACAGAUAAAUCGUUUUGAUAUAAUCAUUUAAAUAAAUGCUUGUUUUCCAAGUAUUAUAAAAAAAAAAAAAACAAGAAGCUUUGAGAUCAUCAUUUAAAUGAGUUUGUUAUUGUAUUAUUUUUUAACAAUUACAAUUUUUUCAUUAUCGCAAUGUUGAGAAUAUAAAAGUAUAUUGUAAAUAUUUGUUACAAAGGCCUUGACUUGUAAGAAU